CUCUGCCUGAAAAAAUAUGAAACGGGAGUAAAACUUAUCUGAAUGGUGUUCGAUCACUUAAAAUGUUUUCAUCUUUCUUGACGUGAGAUAAUUAAAACCAUGGCGGAUUAGAAUAAUGGAUUGUCAAAAGAAUACGUUAUAUACAGCUGAUUGUUUUAAACAAAUACACGAUCCAGUUUAUGUUAUUUCAAAAACUAAUUUUAACACUGAAAAUUUGAAUGAAAUAAUAAUUGUUGUAACCUGGGAUCAGCCUUGUACACAGCGAAACUGCCAAACAAAAAGGCUACAAUCGUCACCAUCAGCUGAAUCUGCAUUAAGGAGCAACCGCUUACUUUGAAUCUUCCGCAGUCGUUAAGUGACAUGGGCAAACAAUAUUUUCGGAGUUUCGAUGGAAAUAAAAAAGCUUCUGGCGCCGUGGAAAAGGCUUCUCCAGCUAGAACUCAUGAUGACACUUUACUUCCUUUGUCACCCAGUGAACAUUCCCAACUUGAUAACUACUAGAGACAAUUGAGAAGAAAAACUGCUUGGGAUCUUAAGCCGAUCAAUCGAUCUGAAAUACACUUGUGCCGAAACAUAAGCCUCUACGUCCAGUGUGAACUACAGCGUACUAGCAUGCUUCCAGAUUAGUACGCUGUGGAUUUGGAUCAAUGCGCCAAAGCUCCUAAAGUUGCAAUUCUCUGUGAUAUAUCCAACUUUCUGUGGCAGCUUUGUUUGUUUCUCUUUCUUUUUGAGUCAUUGUUUAGCCAAACAAUAGCCGGCCUGACAAGAAUGUCGUCUGAUAAAAAUGUUCAUUCUAUAUCGCCCUGUUCACCGGUUCAGCAAAACCGGGUACCAGACCGUACCCAACCCAGAUGGACCCGUCGUCCUGGUCUCUAGCGCGGGUUGGAGCCAGACCGGUGUGGACCCACAUGCACGAAGCGGUGGUCUGCUGGUUUCCAGUUUCAACCCGUGAAAACCACCGAUGCCGCGGAAGCCAAAUGCUAGGCAUCGAAAGAAAAAAAAAGGGCGGCUGCAGAGAUCGGCGGCCGGUGGCCGUGACGAAGAUGCCGCGCGACGGCCUCGCUCGAGACCUCGAGGUGGAGGCUGCGCUCGCGGCCGAGGCAGCGUGGGGACUGAAGGAGGCUGUUGCCUCCAUGGCUUGGUCCAUCGACAUGGAUGUGUACUCGCCGCUGCAUCUCCCCACAGAGCUUGUUGGCAAUGGGUCGAUCUCUGCUAACAAGGUAUGGAAUCGCUGCCAUCUGAAGGGAACAAGCAAAAGAGAUCAUCUUUGGCAGUUAAGACAUCAAAUAUUUUCCAUGAUAAUCAGUUGUCUCCAGUUCAGAAGAGAAGAAAAAGAGUUGGGUCUGGAACCAUUUUGAUACAGGAUUGAGGGUUCAGGAUCCUAUCACAACAUGCAAAUAUUAUGGACAAGUAUAUGCUUGUGAUAGAUCAACUCAUGGAUAAAUAUUGGGUCAGGACUUGCAAAGGAAGAACCAAGGAACACUGAAGCAUUCUUUCAGCGUUGAAGAUUGUCGCAAAGCGCUUGCAUGCCCAUUAUCAUUGUUUAACACCUGCUGCAUUAGAGAUUAUUUAUUUGUACUAUAAUCCUCUAGAAUAGCAAUUUUUUACUAUAUUCCUGUGUUAUCUUUUAAGAGGGAACAAUUUUCACAUGUACUGAAUUUGCUGUGCUAACUCAUUAGAUUAAUGUAUGCUACCAUUUUCAUGUUCUC